AUGGCACUGCCCCAGAUAAAGCACGAUCUCAAUCGCUCUGGCUGGGAGACUACAGACUUUCCAUCCGUCUGUGAGAAUUGUCUCCCUGAAAACCCUUAUGUGACUAUGACAAAAGAAGAUCGCGGUGCUCAGUGCAAGAUUUGUACUCGACCCUACACCCUUUUUGAGUGGAGAAAGGACCGAAAAGCUCAACGCAAGUCGCAGACCAACAUUUGCCUAACUUGCGCGCGUCUGAAGAACAGCUGUCAAUGCUGCAUGCUCGAUUUGUCCUUUGGCUUGCCAAUCAAUGUCCGUGAUGCUGCACUAAAAAUGGUCGCACCUGGUCCCACAAGUAGCAUCAACCGUGAAUACUAUGCGCAGAAUCACGAAAAGGAAAUUGAAGAGGGUCGCGGUGCGAUUGAGGAAUAUGAAAAGACAGAUGAGAAGGCUAUUGAGGUACUGCGCAGGCUGGCUUCUUCGGACCAGUUCAAUAGGGGUAGAAAGGCACAACUUGCCAUUGAGGGCAUCGAAGAAAAUAACGGCGAGGGUUCGAGCGACGAACCACGAACACAUAGCCAAUACGGAAAUGGGCCGGGUCCAAUCCGUACGAGUCAGAGUCGACUCGGAAAUAGUCUUCCAGGACGUGGAGGAGCCGCUGGUCGUGGUGCUCGUGGGGGUUUCGGCGGUCGAGGUGCCCGUGCAGGUCCAUACGUGCCUCCAACAGCCGAGGAACUUGCGCCUCCCGCAGAUCCCAACAUUGCCACUCUAUUCCUCACGGGUGUUUACGAUGGUUUGCCAGAACACGAACUGAGAGUUUUCUUCACACAAUUUGGCCAGCUUCGCUCUGUGGUCUGCUCUCACCGUGCCCACGCCGCCUAUAUCAACUUUAUGUCCCGUGAAAGUGCCGAGGCUGCUGCUAAGCACUGCCAGGGCAAGGCGGUCGUCAAGGAUUUCCCUCUCCGUGUGACCUGGGCAAAGGCGAAACCUAAGCCCCUUGAUUCCUUGACCCCCGAAGAGCGAGCCCAGAAUCGUUCUCGCGAAAGUCGACAGGGCAAGCGCAGUCAGUCUGAUAACGGUGGACAAUCUGAAAAAAAGGCCCUCACGGCUGCUGGCGAAACAGGCCAAGAAUCCACCAAGGGCUAUUCUGUUGCUCCUCCUCCGGGAUCUUCAUCAGUCCAGUACGCCAGCAUGUCAGGUGAAUAA